UCCAAUAUGGCGGAGGCUCACUAGACGCAGGUUAUGUAGCGUCGACGCUAAAAGACACCUGCUGUUUUUAAGACACCAUGCAACCUUAUAAGCUUUCUCAUGUGAACAGUUCAUUUAACAUAAAGGCUCUUACGAACUCGUAGAUCAUGUUAAUCCCGACAGAGGAAACUCCGCCUGUAAUUAAAUUAACAAAUGAGCGUCUCUGACCAUUAGGCGACCCGGAUGGUAACAUUGUUCAUCUUGAGAGCUGAGGCAUGGACCAUUUCUUAAGUGGCUUGGACCACGGACCAAACCCGUGGUAUGCUCCUCGUCCACCUGUAACAAGUCAAUGUCACGAGUUUUCUAUUGGUAACAGCUCAUUCCAGUUAAUUCCUAUUCCUGGCAACAGCACCCAUAUCAGCAACAACCAUAUUAGCAGUAACCAUACCAGCAACAACCAUACUAGCAGCAACCAUAUAAGCAACAAUCAAAGUUCACAGUCUGCUUUCAAAUUGCCUCCUGAUUCUCCAAAGGUUAAGUCUGAGGUUCCUGAUGAGGAUGAGAGGAAUGAAAGCAAAACUCCUCCUCCUUCAGUAGCCUUAACACCAUUGUCCACUAAUAUGGCUCACCACAGCCAUAAAGCCAAAAAUAGUGAACGGUGGGACACAAAGAAGGUGUGCAACAUUUGUGGAAAAGUUCUUUCUCGUGGUGAUAAACUGAAGAAUCACAUUCGAACACAUACCAACAAUUUCCCUUUCCACUGUGAUACAUGUGGUCAAGGAUUUCUUCGAUCAGAAGGCCUUCGUGUGCACAAUCGAAUUCAUACUGGGGAACGUCCUUAUGUUUGCAUGGUCUGUGGUAAGGCAUACACAAGAAAAGAUAAACUAACUAGACAUGCUAUUGUUCAUACUGGUGAGCGGCCAUUUGUAUGUCAGCAUUGUGGUAAAUCUUUUACACGAAAAGAUAAAAUGCAGCGGCACGAGAUGAUACACAAAAUUAAUAAACCUUUCACCUGUGUUCCAUGUAAUCUGGAAUUUGUACGUCAGGAAACUUUCAAUGCUCACAUGGAAAAGAAACAUCCUGAGCGUCUCCCUUACACUGUGGUGCAGCAUGCACGGUCUGCAAGCCCAGGAUACCAUCCUCAAGGACUUAAUCUCUCAGAUAAUAAGAUUAGCACAAAAGUCUCACAAGGCAGCUCUAAAAUAUCAAGCAUUUCCACAUCAACAAGUAGUGGUACUACAACUUCAACUACAUCUUUCUCAAGUGGUACCUCACUCCUCAGUAGUACCUCACUUGCAUCUAGUACUGCUCUAACAAGUGGAGCAUCACUUCUAAGUGGAGCUUCACUUUUAGCUGGUACAUCACUCCUCAACAGUACUUCUCUUCUUAGUAGUGUCUCACUACCAAGUGGUAAUGGGACUAAUGCCUUAUCAUGAACUUUAUUGGCUUAAAGAAAUGGCUUCCUAAAUUAGCGUAAUGAAUUUUUUUUUUAUCUAUUACUAACCUCUCAUUUAAGUUUUUUCUAAGAACUAUCUCUUAAUGCACUUCUUAUUUUAGAAUAACAUUUCUGAUUCACCUCGUAGAGUUCUGAUAAACUAAUUUUAUCGCUUGGCUUAUGUGAUUAUCUUGUGAUUAUUCAAGUGACAGAGUUAAGCAUAACCGGUUAAUUUUAUUUAAAAAUUUUUUUUUUUAAAUACCUAAUGUAUAUAUAGUAUAGAUAUUUCAUCACAGUACAUUAUAAGGUUUAAGAUUAUGGAUUGUUCCAGUCACAGAAUGCAGUACUAAAAAUCUAUUAUUGUAAAAGUAAUUUAAAAUAUAUUCUCAGUGGCUGCUUAUAGGUACAUCUGUAUACCUGCCCAUUAAAGCAAAUAUCUAAUUAGCUAAUCACAUGGCAACACCUCAGUGCCCAAAAGCAUUCAGACAUGGUCAAGAGGUUCAGUUGUUGUUCAGGCCAAAUAUCAGAAUGGGGAAGAAUUGUGAUUUAGGUGACUCUGUAGAAUGAUUGUUGAUGCCAGACAGAGUGGUUUGGAUAUCAGAAACUGAUCUGGGAUUUUUAUGCACAAGUCUCUAGAAUUGACAAAGAAUGGUGUGAAAAAUACAAAACCUCCAAAGAGCAGCAGUUCUGUGGGCAAGAACACCUUGUUAAUGUGAGAAAUAAGAGGAGACUGGCCAGACUGGUUUAAGGUGACAGGGAGGCAAUAAUAACUCAAAUAACCACAUAUUACAACAGUGGUAUGCUGAAAAGCAUCUCUGAACACAACACAUCAAACUUGAGAGCGGAUGGGCUACAUCAGCAGAAAGCCACACUGGGUUCCAUUCCUAUCAGCUAAGAACAGGAAACUCAAGCUACAAUGGGCACUGGUUCACCAAAACUGGAAAGUUGAAGAUUGGAAAAAUGUCACCUGGUCUGAUGAAUUGAGAUUUCUACUGUGACAUGCAGAUGGUAGAGUGAGAAUUUGGCUUAAACUUUAAGGAUGUGGUAGAAUGGGAGAUUUGCAGCAUAUACAUGUAUGUGCAGCUAACAAAUGUGCAGCAACUGCGUGAUGCUAUCACUUCAACAUGGACCAGAAUUUCUAAAGAAUUUUUCCAGCACCUUGUUGAAUCUAUGCCACAAAGAAUUUAAGCUGUUCUAGGGGCAAAGGGGGAAAGCCCUACCCAGUACUAGAAAGAUGUACCUAAUAAAGCAGCCACUGAAUGAAUGAGCUACAGUAAUUUUUUUUCUAAAUAUCAGACCCUGAUUAGCUUUUAUAUGUAAAGUAAACCCUCUAUUUAACUGACUGGAAAUACGGAGUAAAGUCCUCUGAGUCAACUGAGUCAUUAACAAUGGGCAAAGUAUAUUGGUUACAGAAUUGUCCAUUUUUGUUACAGUCACAACAAAAUUUCAUAUCACCACAAUCCCCAUUACAGGCCACCCGCUACUCUCUAUUAGUCCAUUAAAUGAAAUCAUAUAUGCAGUUGAUUAAUCUCAGUUCUCAUGAAGAUAGGAUAAUUACUGAAAAAAAAUAAAACUGGAAACAAAUACCAAUCAUUAUGACUAAAAAACAUAAUACUGUAAUAAUUAUUGUGUCAGUCAGUCAUUUUUCAUUAUAUAUAUGUAAAUAUUUUUCAUUAUAAAUGAAUGUUUUUAAGGCAUGAGUAUUGUGAAAAAAAUCUGUCCAAGUAGAGUUUGUUGUAUAUGGUAGAGAUGGAGAAAUGUAUUUUCCUUUCAAAUAUGGGACCCCAUAGUCUCAGCUGGAAUGAAUAAUGUUAUUUGAGUCUUUCAAAUGUCAUUAGUAAAAUGUUGCAUGUAAACAGCUUUUAUAAGUCACAAAGGUAAUGAUGUACAUGUUGCCUGCAGUCAUAUUUUUUAAGAGAAUCAAACAAUUGUUGAAAUAAAUAUUGUAUUUUUCUAAUGGAGUAAAGAGUUGUGUGAAAUAGGAUAAAAAAUAAAUCAUAGAAUAUCAAAAAAAGACACAUUCACCACAGAAAAAAUUACAAAGAUAGAAGCUGCAAACAUACUGUGACUUAACUAAAUAUUAAACAUGAUGAAUUAAAUUUUGUAGUCUGCCUAGCUGUUCACACUGGCUUUUGCUAUAAGUAGUAUACCUUUUAAUGUGUCAGACUGAAUCUCUGUUCCUUUAUAAUGGUACGGAAAACUGGAGUUUUAUAAUUUGUUAUUGGAAUUACCAGGGUUUUUACUACCAGUAUUUUUUUUUUGUGCUGUUCUAAGUUUCCUUUAUCCUUCAUGAUAAUGAGCAGAUUGUGGACAGUGUUUCACUAAAAUGUGUAUGUAGUUUUAUGAGAAGAUGAACUGCUCUGAGGCAUGGUAGUGCAUGAAAUAGAUCUGCAAUUCGAUAAUGGUCCAGGGCAGACUGAAAUGUUAACUAAAGAUUGCAGUAUUGUAUCUCCUGUUUGUGAGUUGUGAAUGGAUCCUAAAUUUUUUAAGAGUGAAAUUUCCAGUGCUAUUUAAUUUUUAUUCACUGGAUACCCUGGAAAAAAAUAAUGGUAUAGAAUAAACUAAUAUUUCAUA